UCGACAAACAAAAAGCUUAGCUAGGAAAUGAGAGCAUGGAGGGAUCUAAAUAUUAAAAUAUCGAUCAAUAAAAUCGCUGAACGAAAGGAAAUAUAGCUACUUAAAGAUUUAUGCUAAAGAAAAUAAUUAAAUUAUUGUAAAUGUAUUGCUAGAUAGCAAUGGAUAUCGGUAUGAAGUUUAUCUUCUGCACUGAUAGCUAACGUUAAUUAUAGCUAGAGAAAAUUAGCCCGCUAUUUUGAAACAGACUUUCUUUUUCAAUUUCAAGAGACUAACUAGCUCUAUGGUUCAAAUAGCUAGCAAUCCAGUGUGCGUUUAUCUUAUGAUAAUUAUCAUUUCACCUCGUUAUUAAUCCGCUAACGUUAGAUUGCUGAGCCAAGAAGAACAAGUUCAGAUAGUUGCAAUGACUGCUGCAGUGUUUUUUGGGUGUGCGUUCAUUGCGUUUGGGCCAGCGUUUUCCCUAUUUAUUUUCACUAUCGCCAAAGACCCAUUGCGAGUCAUCAUUCUAAUUGCAGGGGCCUUCUUCUGGCUGGUGUCCUUGCUGCUGUCCUCUCUGGUGUGGUUCAUAGCCACAAAGGCCACCAAUGCCCAGGACCUGACCCUGCAGAAAAACCUGCUCAUAUUUGGCAGCAUUUUCUCAGUCAUACUGCAGGAGGUGUUCCGCUUCGCAUACUACAGGCUGCUCAGGAAGGCAAAUGAAGGACUGGCAGCCAUCAGUGAAGAAGACGGCCCUGCCCUUUCAGUCCGAGAAAUGGCCUAUGUGGCUGGACUGGGCUUUGGCAUCAUGAGCGGAGCCUUCUCCAUGAUCAACACUCUCUCUGACUCUCUGGGCCCAGGGACAGUGGGCAUGUUUGGAGACUCCCAGUACUACUUCAUCACCUCAGCCCUAAUGACCCUGGCGCUGACGCUGCUCCACACCUUCUGGGGGGUGGUGUUCUUUGAGGGCUGUGAGAGGAAGAGAUGGUGGGUGAUCGCUGUGGUGCUCUGUCUCCACCUGAUGGUCUUCAGCCUGUCUCUGUUGAAUCCGUUCUACGUGGGCAGCAUUCUCCCGGUCUAUGCCAUCAUGCUGCUGAUGGCUGUCUGGGCCUUCUUCUCCUCCGGAGGCUCCCUGCACAACAUCACUCUUCUCUGGACGUGUAGGAAAAGUAACACGGAGACGUCGUCAUAAUUCACAUUCCAUGUUGAUCUCGCAGAGGUCGAAGGGCAAUAGGAGCUUCUAUCGCUGCAGUGCUGUGUACAAACCAAAGCAGCCAAUCGAGAGACUACACAGUCUCCACAUCAACCAAUCUCCACAUAAUAUGGAUGGGCUGAAUCAGAGCCCAGAAAUCAGCACUUCACUGACCUAUGGAGCUGACCAAGGGAAAUCCUUCAUACUGUAUAUAGCUUGAAUAACACUAGUUUACACACACUUAGGCAUGUGUAAGCUUUUUUCAAUGCAAGGAAACAACCUUUACAUAUUUUUUUUUUUUACGUUCUUUGUCUCUUCGCAGAUUUUGCUUUGUGUGGACUUUUAAUCAAUCCACUCCCUUGCGUCAAUUAUUGAUCUUUGGUUUACUGAAUUUUGAUUCGUUUUUUUUAAGAAUGACCAUUUGUUAAUGUAACGCGAAGGGCAGAGCAGCACAAAUCAAAUGUUAUUUGUCAUGUGCCGAAUACAACAGGUGUAGGUAGACCUUACAGUGAAAUCCUUACUUACAAGCCCUUAAUAACCAA